GCGCGCGGCGCGGAGGCGGCCCGCAGGCGGUCGGGCGCGGCGGUCGGGAGCGGGCGAAGCUGGCGCGACCUGGAGGCCGCUGCGGGCGACGGCGCGCCGGGCCGGCCGAGGAAUCUUCAUUCUUAGCUGGUGAAGAAUGGGAGAGAUAGAAGGAACAUACAGAGUCCUGCAGACUCCAGGGACACGCUUGGGCACCCAGAUCCCAGCAGGGGUGAGCACCCUCGAGCCUGGGCAGACUCUCUCGGCAACAGUGGCACAGGCGUCAGCCAGAAUGCAGGAGAAGCAUCUUCACAUCCGAGUGAAGCUGCUGGACAACACUAUGGAAAUAUUUGACAUUGAGCCUAAGCGCGAUGGCCAGACGUUGCUGACCCAGGUGUGGAGGCGCUUGAACCUGACGGAGUGUGACUACUUUGGGCUGGAGUUUCAGCAUCCCCGGUCCUACUGGAUUUGGCUGGAACCUAUGAAGCCCAUCAUUAGGCAAGUACGAAGGCCAAAAAACGCUUUGCUUCGUCUAGCAGUGAAAUUUUUCCCACCUGAUCCGGGUCAGUUGCAGGAAGAAUAUACAAGAUACCUGUUUGCCUUGCAACUUAAGAGAGACCUCCUGGAGGAGCGUCUGCCCUGCACGGAUACCACGGCCGCCCUUUUGGCAUCCCACCUUCUGCAGUCGGAAAUAGGAGAUUAUGAUGAAACCCUGGACCGAGAGCACCUCAAAGCCAAUGAGUACCUGCCCAGUCAGGAGCAUUCUCUUGAAAAGAUUCUAGAAUUCCACCGGAAGCACACGGGCCAGACGCCUGCCGAGUCGGAUUUCCAGGUGCUUGAAAUUGCCCGAAAGUUGGAAAUGUAUGGCCUCAGAUUUCACAGAGCUUCUGACAGGGAGGGCGCCAGAAUUAACCUGGCUGUCUCCCACAUGGGCGUCCUUGUGUUCCAGGGCACCACCAAAAUUAAUACUUUCAACUGGUCCAGGGUCCGAAAACUCAGCUUCAAGAGGAAAAGGUUUCUCAUCAAACUGCACCCAGAGGUCCGUGGACCUUACCAGGAUACGCUGGAGUUCUUGUUGGGCAGUAGAGAUGAAUGCAAGAACUUCUGGAAGAUCUGUGUGGAGUAUCACACCUUCUUUAGACUCUUUGAUCAACCUAAGGCCAAAGCUAAAGCCGUCUUCUUCAGCAGGGGCUCGUCCUUCAGAUACAGUGGAAGAACUCAGAAACAGCUGGUGGAUUAUGUCAGAGACAGUGGGGUGAAGAGAGUUCCGUACGAAAGAAGACACAGCAAGACUCGGAUGUCUAUUCGUGCUCUGACUGCAGACUUGCCAAGGCAGAGCAUCUCAUUCACCGAGGGCAUGAGGACUUCUGCGUCCCCAUCUUCAACAAAUGUCUCCUUCUGUUCAGUUCCUACCUCCCCUCUGGCCCCUCGAGGCCCGCCCGACUUCAAAGACAGCAGUAACUCGCUCACCGAGCCCCAGGCUCCCGACGCCAGGAGGCCAGCUGCAGAGAGGAGCAGCGGAGUGGCAGCCGACGGCGACACCCGACGGGCCCAGUCCCCGGGGCCUCCUGCACCGCAGCCUUGUCAAGGCCUUUCCAUGGAGAGUCCUCAGCUUUCUCCCUCCACCCGGAAGAGCCCACUGAGCCUGAGCCCUGCGUCUCAGGUGACUCUGGGCCCAGCUGGGCAGGGCUUGUGCCCCCUCCUGAGCCCUGCCCUUAGCGACGCUGGCGGAGCCAGGAUGGACGGCGAGGAGGAGCUGAAGCACAAGAGCACGGCAGCAGAUGAGGCCUAUUUCAUAGCGAAGGAGAUUCUCGCUACAGAACGAACAUACCUGAAGGAUUUAGAAGUUCUCACUGUGUGGUUCCGCAGUGCUGUGGUCAAGGAGGAUGCCAUGCCUGCAGACCUGAUGACCCUGCUCUUCUCCAACAUAGACCCCAUCUAUGAGUUCCACAGAGGCUUCCUGCGUGAGGUGGAGCAGAGGCUGACGCUCUGGGAAGGGUCUUCCAGCACCCGUGCCACAGGUGGUCAUCAACGAAUUGGGGACAUCCUGCUCAGGAACAUGCAUCAGUUAAAGGUAGCAUGGGAGUUUACCAGCUACUUCCAAAGGCAUGAUGAAGUCCUGACAGAACUGGAAAAGGCCACCAAACGCUUUAAGAAGCUAGAGACAGUGUACAAAGAGUUUGAGCUCCAGAAGGUCUGCUACUUGCCCCUUAACUCCUUCCUGCUGAAGCCCAUCCAGCGGCUGGUGCACUACCGCCUGCUCCUGAGCCGGCUGUGUGGGCACUACGCGCCUGCGCACCCUGACUACGCCGACUGCUGCGAUGCCCUCCAGGCCAUCACAGAGGUGACCUCCACACUCCAGCACAGCCUCGCCCGGCUGGAAAACCUCCAGAAACUCACAGAGCUGCAGCGCGACUUGGUUGGCAUAGAGAAUCUCAUCACUCCCGGCAGGGAGUUUAUCCGCGAGGGCUGCCUUCACAAGCUCACCAAGAAGGGCCUGCAGCAGAGGAUGUUCUUUCUGUUCUCAGAUAUGCUGCUGUACACAAGCAAAGGUGUCACGGGCACCAGCCACUUCCGGAUCCGGGGCCUCCUUCCCCUCCGCGGCAUGCUGGGUACCUUCCGUGCUCGGCCCUCCGUGGUCCUCGGCACUGUCCCUCCUUCCACUGGGCACCUGAGCCUUCGGCAGGCGUAACAUUUGGUUCAGCUUUUUUAACCCUCAGCAAAAAGGGGGCCUGUUUGAAUGACCACAUCUGCCAUCGCCAGAAGCACACGCCAUCUGUUCUAAAGUAUACUUUUAAAAAUACUUUCAUCAUAGAAAAAAACUGAAAAUAUAAAAUAAAAAUCACUCAUGACUGGACCACCUAGUAAUACACACUGUGGGCAUUCUGCGACACGCCCUUCGGUCUUCGGAGGUAACUGAUACUCCUAGCGGCCACGCAGUUCGUCACUAACGUCUCCUGCGCUUGUAACCCAGGAGCUCUGGAUUCAUUUCGAGAUGAGCAGUAGGCUGGCAAGCCAGACUCCGGCUUUCCUAUUUCCCUACACUGGACAUUUUGGCUCCAUUCAGUUUUUCAGAAUUGAGAAAUGACACCAUUGGAUCUCUUUCGACACAUCCUUGCCUACGCCUAAAACAUACUGUUUGAGCAGUGGGUACACAGCUUUUGAGGCUCUGAACAGGACCGUGAGUCACUGCUGCAGCACCUGCUCCAGCCGACCUUCCCAUUCAGUGCAUCUGAACCUGUCUUCCCACAGCCUGGGGUGGGGGGGGCACAGGGCGUUCACCCCUCACCCUCCGCAGUUUGGUGAGGAGGGCACGGCCCUUGGCGGUCAGUGAGGCUGACAGAGUCCGUGUCUCCUGGAGUCUGGGGCCUCCCCCUGGGGUGGCACCCCGGGCGUGUCUGUCACUCUGGUCUCUAUUUGUGGCAUGUUUACAGACACCAGCCUGCUCAGGGGUCCCAGACACUUUCUCCAGUUUGUAGUUCCUUUUUAUGUUUCCUGCAGUUUGGUUUUAUUUGUAGAAUUGAAACCCCCCUGGGCAGACACUGUUGUCUUACUCCUGGGACGGCAUCUGGCAGAGAGGGCCCAACAAAUACCUGUUCAAGGAGGGAAAUCAGACAUCUCUGUAGUCCUCUGUCCAGCUUUCGAGUGCAGACUCCGAAGCCCUUCCCCACGCCAAGAUCACAUCGGCACCUUUGUCUUCUGACACAUUUACAGUUUGGAUUUUUCUUACUGCCUAAACUGUCUCCACGUGUGUCUCUGGGUGGCUGGACUGGGCCGCACCACUUGCUUUCCCCCCGUCCGUGCAGCUGCCCUCCUCAUGGCAACAGUUCCCGCCUUCACGCUUGGGGCUCUUUCUGGGCCUUCUGUUCCAUCUCUGCGCCAGCGUCCGUCCACGGUCUUCUGAGUCAUGUGUUGUGUGGAAGAGUUGCUAUGUGGAUGAAUAAGCAUGUCCCUUACUCGUCCUUUUUAAAAAGUGCUUUGUGCUCUCAAGUAUUUAAUUCUUCAAAAUAAACUUAGGAAUCACUUGGACAAAUUUCUUCCAAAAACAGCACUCAGAUUUCUAUUGAAAUCACAUUACAUUUACGUGCUAACUCAGGGUAAGGGAAGACGGACAUCUUGACCUUUUCUUGCCGGCCACUGCUCCCGCUCACUUCGGGUCAUGUGCGUCCCACAAGGCUCCGUGGUUGGCAUCUCCUGGGCCCCGCGCAGGCCAACUGUCCAUCCUGGGGCCGUCUGUAACUGGCUGGUCCCGGGGGACAGACAGCUGGCCCUCAUCCUGAAUGCAGAGGGAAGGGCGACAGGUCUUGGCUUCAGAACGAGGACCUCUAUUGUGUUUACAUCUUCCUCGUGUUUCUGACACAUGAUCAGAAAUCACACGCUGGAUUUUAGCAAAGGUGUGGGCAGCGUGUAGAGAUGUCCACCCCUCCCCGUGGACUCAAGGACGGGGUUGAAGCACCUUUGCAUUCCUAGAACCUCACUUGGUCCUGGGACGAUUUCCUGUCUGUGUUUUAGGUGGGGUUAGGUAGUAUUUUAUUUGGGAGUUAUUUCAGUCACUUAACACUGAGAUCAGUCGUGUAGGUUUUUCUUUGAUUCUAACUGUUAGGUUUUGGUACCAGGUUUAUAAAGUGAAUUGUCCAAUUCCCUUUUUAAUAACGAAAAUGCUCAAUAUUUU